AUGCCACCGCUCGCGGCGGCCGGCGCGAGACGCAGAGUGCGCGGCGGCGACGAGGGCCGGGUCGCGGACACCUCGCGCCGUCCCCUGCGGGUGGUCAGCGUGGCCGACGAGUCUCUUCCUCCUCCGGCCGGACCGGGACGCAGCUCAGCCACGGCUCCGGCAGUUCGCGGUGUGGAAUCGAUUGCUUCCGAUCAAUCGCCGCCGAUUUUCUGUGAGCGGGCUCGUCUUAGUGGUCCGUAG